UCUCUUCAUGGCUCCAUGCACGACAGAGACAACAGUCCCAUGAUGAGGGCAGUGUUCAGGAGCACAGUGUGCAAAGUGUACCGGUUCCAGACCGAGGCUAGCAGGUGGAUGCUGGUGAGAGAACAGAUGAGCGAAAGCCCUCUGUCCUCCAGUCUACCCAAACAGCUUCUGUCCUGCUACAUACAAGAGGACAUGAGGAGGGUCCAGGAGCUUUGUGACCUGUGUGACCUUUCACCCUACUGGGAUCGGUUAAGGACUGAUGUUAUCGCCCACUACAGUCAGCUGAUCAGCACCUACCAGGAAACACUGACAGAACUCAACAAACUGACAGGCUCGUCCUGCUCCUUUAAGGCCAGCUGUAGUAAGAGUGACAGAUAUCUAGAGUUUAUACCUGUCAACCUGCACACACAGAGGAUGCAGGUUACCUGCUCACGGAGAACAGUAUGGUAUGAUGUUGUGACAGUAGGAGCACCAGCUGAUCACUACCAGGGGUUUAAACAUGGUGGGCUACAGAGGCUGCUCAACAAACCAGACAGCGACAACAAGAGUGUUAGUGCAGCAUAUUGUUGUAUCUCCUACUCACCAGAGGAGAGCUCCAGAGCCAGGGAGGUACUGAGUAGUGUCUCCCAGCUCCAGCCUCUCAUCUCUGGGCUAACUGAGGAGCUACUGCAGGCUGCUCUGGAAGUCAACUCCCAAAGACUACAGAACAUACUGCACAGCCUGGCACGCAGGACUGAACAGUUUGUUCACGCUCUGAAAGAUGAGCUGGUAAAGAACGCCCUGUUGGCUCUCCACACGGCAAGGCCCGCCUACCACCUCAGCAACGGACACGCCCAUGUAACCCACGGCAAUGGGACGGGUCCCAGGCUCUCCUCGGCCAAUCAGGACGGGUUACGGCCGUCGAUACGGCGACAGGAAUCCAUCCCCCAACACACGGAGUAUGACGAGGAAGAAGAGUGGGACAGGGUGUGGGCUAACGUUGCUAUGAGUCUGAACUGCAUCAUCGCCAUGGUGGACCGGCUACAGGAGAGGGAGAACAGGAAACAGGAAGUUACCUCACAGACACAGAAUGAUGUCACCACCACCUCACACAACACUGACCCUUCCCGCGCUCCUUGGCAGGCCUCUCUCGCCCCUCUUCCAGACCUGUCCCCUUUGUGGCAAGAGCAACUCCUCCCUCUAGUUGUGACUCUGAAGGAGUGUGUGAGUGACGCGGUGGAGAGGGCCCGGUGUGCUAUGACCUUCGUCCUCCUACAGGGGGCAGCAGCAUCAGCCUGCCAUGGUCAGCCCCUGACACACAGACGAGAUGCUGUCUUCAGCCAGGCACCAGGUGGUCCCUAA